AUGGAUAUUUCGCAAGCACACGGUGGAGAUGUUGUCAAUAUCGCAAAUUACUUGCUAAAUGAUUUAAAGAAUAGCUAUCAGAUCUGGGAAGAGCUAAUUUCAAAAUGUACCAAAUUCCAUUCAGCUUUAAAAGUUGCGACUCAGGCGUCAUCUGCAUUUUUGGAUACAUUUCAAAAAGUGGCGGAUCUGGCUACAAAGACGCUUGGAGGCAGCAAAGAAAUCGGUGCGUGUCUGACCCGUUAUUGUAUGCGUCAAAAAAGCCUAGAAUCCAAAGUAAAAUCCAUGGGAAAUCAUCUGGUCACUAGUCUUGCCAACCCUCUCAAUUCGAAAGUAGAUGAGUGGAAACGUAAUCUGUGUCAAUUAGAAAAAGACCGAACUCGUCAAACUAAAAGAGUGCGUGCGGAAUUGAAGAAAGCCCUUUCUGAAGCACAAAAGUGGGAGAAGAAGGCCGCUAAAGUUGGUGUUACUGGUGGUAGUGGUGUGGGACCCGGUGUAGGCCAUGGUAUUAUACCUCCUGCAAAAUACAUAUGCUCCAAUUCUGAAUCAAAUGCAAUUAGUUUACAAACUGCUAAGGCUGCACGUGAAGUCGGAAUCAAGAAGGAAUUAGUUGAAAAUACAGAGAAAUCUGCGAUGCGUUUAUUGCUACUUGAGGAACGAAGCCGGUUUUGUUUUUUCGUCUCUUGCCUUCUUCCAAUUCUUGAGUGUCAAUCAAGCAUGUUACAUGAAAUAGCCACUAUGGAUGAACUUAUUAAGACCCUAACAAAAGAAACUGAGUUUCCAGAUCAGUUGGUUGAGGACGUAGAGUCUAUUGUACUGAGGAUGGGACGACGUGAUUUUUCUGCUUCUUCUCGAGGUAGCAGUAAAAUCAUGUCAGUUUUCGUACCAGAUAGUGGAGAUAAGAUGAACAAUAUAAAUGAAGUUUUAGGAGGUUUGCUCAUGACUAACGGUAAUCGAAGCUAUGUCAAUUCAAGCGAUACGGAGUCUGGUCGUCACGGUGCUGACAUGAUGUCACCAUAUCAAAUUUGUCGUGACUUAGAAACGGUCGGCCGAUGCAAUUCUGUAUGUGACAGUGCUGAUAUUUCUCUAUGUGGAGCCAGUUCACAUAGUGGCAGUGGGGGAAGUAAUUGUCCAUCCCUUUUGUCCCCCGCACGUGGUAAUGUCGCUCGUUUGGGUAGUCGUGAAUCAAGUCUUAUUUCCGUGGAUAGUGCAGCCUCAGGAAGUGGCAAUGCAAAUUCUACAUAUUCUAUUGGAACUUCAAAUACAAACAUACCACAUUCUGAUCCUGGAGAAUCACAAUUUAAAACUUUAUGUCGACCAGGUCACUAUCGAGCUGCAAGUAAUGGAGAUAAUGAUUUUCCAAAAAAUUAUUUGAAAAAUGGUUUUCAUCAUGAUAAAAUCGAUUCUUAUAUGGUAGCUAAAUCUAUGAUUGCUUUCAGUGCACAAUCUCAAUUAACUGAUAGUAAUAAUAAUGAUAAUAAUAUCACUACAAAUGGUCAAGACUAUGCACUAAAAAGAGAUGAUGAUAAUGGAGUCGAAAAUAUAAAAAGGACUGACAAUGAAAGUAAACUGGAAAUGAGCACUGAUGAUGAUGAUGACGAUGAUGAGAAUCAUGAUGAUAGUAACGAUGAUGAUGUUGGUGAUGGUGGUGAGUAUGUUGAAGUAGGCAGUGAUUCUGGCAAUGCUCUUGCGUAUUUAUCAAAUAAUCCUACAUCUCCUUCCUUAUCUAAUUCUGCUAAUCAACAUUUUCUAUUGGAAAACUAUCCAUCGAAUACUACUACUACCACUACUACCACUGCUGGUACUACUGGUAAUCCUCCAAUUCCAAAUAGUGGUCGUCAUACAAUAAGUUCUGCUUAUGAACGAGGAGGUCAUGCCCCUGCGCGGGCUUCUAUAACUGCUCUGUCUUUCAAUCCACCCGUUGGCAAAGCUUCUUCCAAAGAUAGUGGUGUUGAUUCGUCCACUGUACUCUACCCGAAACAAGCUGUACCACCUCCAGUCUAUACAAAUCUCAUUCAAUUGGCUCAUGCAGCACAACGUAAAUUUUCUAUGUCACAAUUACCAAUUGUUCAUUCAUAUGAAAAUAUAGAUAGUACAUUAGAUAGACUUUGUUAUGCUAAAACUGAUAUGACCAAUUGUCAGCAACAAUUUGUUCAUCAUCAAUCAUCAAGUCGUAAUUCAAUUUCUACAAAUCCACAACAAUAUCAUUAUACAACAAAUGCUUCACCGAAUACUACUAAUAUUAGUAAUACGAAUAAUUGUAAUUCGUCUGCUUCAGAUAGUUUAAAUAAACUUGAUUUAAGUGAUUCAGCUGUCAGUCAAAGUUAUCAUGAUGAAGAAAGAAAGUAUGCUAAUCCUUCAACAGUAUUAAAAACUCAAGUUGACAAAUUAGCUAAUAGUACAAGUCUAUCUAAUUCAUGUCACAGUUCAAAAAAUUGUCUGGAUACUGUUUCAAUGUCUGAUGCCACUUCUACUGCUAAUUCUACUUCAGUUGUUGCUGGUAAUAAUGAGUUACAUUCAUAUCAAAGAAGUGGAACAGAUCCAUUCAGUAUGGAAAUGGAUGAACUUGAUCAAGUUAUGCCAGGAUCUAGUCGUGGUUCAUCUCUUACAAUGGCUAGUUCAACAACAAAUGAUUCAUUGCCUAGUUCAAAUGGUAGUCCAGCGUUGACAAGUUAUAACGCGAAUCAAAAUAGUACACAAAGAUCAUUUUCAUCAAAUCCGAAUCCAAUGACCAGCAAUGAACAACAAAUAUUAGAGAACAAACUACACUAUGCAACUCCUGUAAUCAAAAACCAGUCUCAAUGCUCUACUACUCCAGGUCAAGUGUUCAAUCUGUUAAGACAGUCCACAUUGGCUAGUAAUCAAGUUUGUAUAAAUAAUCAUCAAACUAACACCGAUCUACAAACCAUCCCUGGGACAACGGGUGUUCCAAACGGAAAUGCUCCAACUCCUCCCCCUCCCCCUCCACCACCACCGCCUCCACCUCCUCCUCUACCUAUGUUUUUACCAGUAUCGUCAAAUAAUCUGUCAACACCUCAUCCAUCACUAGAAGAAACAACUUGUCCAAAAUAUUCCGAUUACAAUGAAACUUUGGCAACUGAUUUGGUCUCUGUAGAAACUGCUAAUCUUAUGUCUGAAUUAUCUUCACAAUUGCAACAACUUGCUGCACGAUCGAACGAUGUAAACUUUUCACAAUCAACAUUUAAAACAAGAGAUAUAUUUCACAAGGAAUCCAUAAAACACGAUGAUUUCGAUUUACCGCCACCACCGCCACCUUCUAUGUUUACAGAACAAUACUGCAGUGAUGUAGUGAAAUGUUCUCCGAUUCAGACUACGAAUAUCAGUUGUACUUCCACUACUAGCAUUAUUGCUAAUGAUAAUAAUAAUAAUAAUAAUACUGAUGAAGUGAUUGAUGAUGA